AUGUCUGAUCUUACAAGUGGUACAACAACUCUUAAUACAUCACAAAGUGCAACAGCUAAUACAGCUGCUAAUACCAAAGGCAAGAAAAGCAAAUCAAAUGCAACUGGUUCAUCAACAAAUAAAAACAAAAAAUCUAAAGGUACAAGUAGUCAUCCAAAAUAUUCGGUUAUGAUUAAAAAAGCAUUAACAGAAUUAAAUAAUCGUAAUGGUACAUCAAGAUUAGCUAUAUUAAAAUAUAUCUUAACAAACUUUAAAGUUAAUCCAACAACAGCCAAUCAACAUCUUAAAUCAGCAUUACGAGCUGGUACAAAAAAUAAUACAUUAAAACAAACAAAAGGUAUUGGUGCUAGUGGAAGUUUUAAAUUAGCUACAGCAACAAAAACGAAACCUGCAUCAAAAGCUGGCAAGAAGAAAACAACGACAACAAAGAAAUCAACAACAACAAAACCACGUAGUCGAUCAACAACAUCAGGUGGAAGUAAAAAAUCAGGUGAAACUAAAACAAAUAAAGCUCGAUCAUCAAGUAAAGCUAAAUCAACUGAUGCAGCUAAAAAACGAAAACGUUCAGCAUCACCAACAAAAAAGGCAUCAACAAAGAAGGUUGCUAAUGCUAGUACCAAUGCAACAACACCGGCUGUUACCGCAACCAAGAAAAAGGCUGAUACAACUGCUAAAAAAGCUACAACAGCUCGUACAGCUAAACCUACAACAAAAGCACCAGCUAAACCAAAGGCUGCAGGUAGUACUAAAGCUAAAAGUCCAAAGAAGAAAGCAGCAUCACCUAAGAAGAAGGCUGCUAGUGCAUCAAAACCAAAAGCUAGUGCUUCAAAAAAGUCUACUAAAUCAACAACAGCAACACCUGCUGCAUCAGCAGCACCCGCAACCGCUGCUGCAAAUACAUCUACCAAUACUGCAACAAAACCAGCACGUAAGAGUGCAACAACAAAAAAACCGAAAAGUCCAAAAAAAGCCGCAGCAAAGAAGAAAUAA